AUGUCAAGUCAUCAUCUAAUACCCACGAUGAGUACAGAGCAUGAGGACACAUCUUUAGGACCUUCUAAGAAAAAAAGAAAGAGAGCAUCUUGUGACUCUUGCCGACGCCUCAAAACUCGUUGUGAUAAAGAAAUAGGUCAACCGAGAUGUCAUCGUUGUACAAAAUUAGAAUUACCGUGCUCAUUGGUGCUGAAACAUGUUGGCGAAAGUUCAGGGGAAAGCAACAACUAUGAUGCCGGUUUGGAAAAAAUUAGUAUGGUGGAAGGUGGGAUUGGAGUCUUCAUGAGUGCAAUUAUGAAAAAAUUGGAUUCCUUUGAGGCAAGAUUUGAUGAAUUGACUAAUAAAGUGAACUCGCUACAACAACAACAACAACAACAACAACAACAACAACAGCGGCACUCUAGUGGCCCAUUAAUAACAGAAAGAUUGAAUGUUAGGAAAACCUUAGUAACUGAUGGCGUGGAGGAUAUACAGCUAGAUUUUUUCAAAGCCUCGGCCCCAGCUCAGAUCAUUAGUCAACUCAAUAACUCAAUUCUUCAAAGAUCUAACGUUUAUGAAUCCUUCAAGCAUCUGUGCAACGAAUUCAUUCUGUUAUUCAAUAACAAUAGAAAACUUUAUUUACGGUUAUCGAAAGCAUUUUUGAGAACCAGUCACUUUUGGAUCAUCCCCGGGGGAAUCAAAAAAAUCGACACAAAGUACGUUUAUGACCAUCCGUUCAUUACUUGCAUCUUUGUGUUGAUUGGGAUGUGUCUUGACAAGAAUGAUAGCUAUGUGGGGGAACAGAAUACCCUAUUUGAACUUGCAAUGAAGUUGUUUGGGAAAGCAUUACUUGUCGAUAAAUUGACAGACCAUGAUAUUGAAGCUAUUGUGUACAUGUCAACUUUCAAUAUCGUGAGGAAAAAUAAUCAGAAUCAAUAUAGACUAAACAAAUGGUUAACUACCAAUUUUGGAAUCAGUCAUUCUGUUUUAGCCUUUGAUUUUCAAGCUAUUUUCACAACCAUUUUUAUUAAAAAGCAAGCGGAUAGUGCUCAAUUAUAUCAUCUUCGAAUUUAUAACUCAUUAUUAGUUUCAUUUUUACAAGCGUCAUUGGAUUAUAACAAACCGGUGUUUAUGACGAUAGACUAUUUGAAUUUUUCCCGUGUUAUCUUGAAAUAUCCAGGGAAAAUUCUUGUCGGUGAUAAGAUUAUAGUUUCGAAGCUCGAUUUGUUGUUCAAGAUCAUCAAUUUAAUUUAUGAUGGCAGUUUGGCAUUAAAAAUAUUGAACGAUAUCGAUAGUGAAAACUCAGUUUAUAUCGAUCACGAGAGACAGCUUUUAAAGAUUCCAGAUUUGGAGGAUUGGAAAAUAUCCUAUGUGGAUUUAAUCAAGAGCGAUUUUGCAAAGAUUCUACUUCAUGCCUAUUAUUAUUACAAUAUUUAUUUAAGUCAAAGAAUUUUGGAAGAUUUGAAAAUUAAAAAUAGUCACUUUUACCCACUUCAGAACAAAAAAUUCACAAAGAAGCAAUUAGAAUCCUUUGCAUUAUUAAGAAAAACCUGUAUUAUAACCUCUGUGAAAUAUUCUUUCAAACUUCUUGAUAGCUUUUGUGGCUUGCGUGCUUAUUUCAUUAAAGGAUCCCCGGAUUUCCAGAAUGAGCAAAUCAUUUAUGCUUCAUCAACUUUAUUGAAUUCCUUGCCGUUUAUGUCAUCUCAAAAAACUAGACAAACCACUAUUCAACUAAUCGGGGCAAAUUACUUCAAGUUGAGCGAAAUGGGGAUUAGGAAAAAUGACGCUAUUGACACGUUGGAAAAGUUCCUAAAAGUGAUCAUUGACAGAGCUAGAAAUCAUGAUGAUGACAAAAUGAAAACCAAGGUGGCUCAAAGUAUAAAAAUCAAUGAACCAGAGAUUGAAGUCAAUGACGAAGAUGAUGAAAAAUAUGAAAUCUAUCCUGCCGUUUUGGAAUCCUUCAGCUUUAAUGAUGACGAUGACACUGAUGAAGGCAGUCGCGGAGAAGAUGCUAUUGACGACGACACAGAUUUUUCACCUACUUCUGAUGAAUAUAAAAUGAAUUUCAUGCCAAGUGGUGAUACAAAGCAGCACAUACCUCCAAGUAGAGGAUAUCAUGUUAAUAAUACUAUUUUGAGCCAGGAGAUGAGGAGAAGGGCAUAUAGCGAUAAUUUUCAAAGAAUUCCUUCUUUUACUCAAAGCCCACCACAGUCAGGAACUCACAGUAAUAGCAUGAUAGGCAAACUUAAUGUUGUAAACCUGGGGAACUUUUAUGGGAAAUCAAUAUCUGAUAUUUCCCAAAUGAUCCAAGAAAGCCAGCCUCAGCUUGGUUUUAUCAAGGGAAAACAAAAAAUAUCGCCAAACCCGAUAGCAGGAUAUAAUCAAGCGUACCAAGCAAAUAUAUUCAAUUUUCCAGAGUUACUGCUGUCACCAAUCCAGUUCGACCCAGAUAUGUUCAACCUCGAUGAGACAAUUCGAGACCCAUCUUUGUCAAUUAUCCCAGGCACAAAGUUUGAUCAGCAGAAACUUGAUGAAUUGGCUCUUCCUGAUACCUCUCAUUAUGAAAGCGCAGAGGCUUUUUUGAAAGCGCUAUCAAAUGAUCAAAAAUUUGAUUUUCUGAAGUAA